UGCCAUCAGAGGUAUCAGUUGUUGUAUCUGAUUCGUCGCCUAUUCACAAAGUUCAUAAUCAGUUAAAAUUAACAGAGCAGAUCGAAAAGAUACCAAAGCUCGUGAGUACAAAAAAAAGGCAGGGAUUAAUUCAAGAAAUUACUCGCAACUUUGAUGAAUCCACUACUCCUUCAUCUAUUCAGGAGAAUGAUUCUAUAUGCGCAUUGUCUCUCAACCCUCCAGAAAUUUCGCUUAUCUCGG